AUUUACAUAAAUGUCAUCGCUUGCUGUGCAUUUCUUAUUAUGCUUCAAACUUUUAUUAGCAAACAACAAACAAGUCAGAUCAUAAUUGAUGUGAUUGGCGGAUAUUUAAAGGUAAAUGAGGAUUUUAUUUAUGUAUUUUUCUGCUACGUUGAAUAGUUGUCAAGUAAAACUUAAAAAAUGGCGAUUUUACCACCAAAACAUCAUGUUUUAUCUUCGUGGAUGUCUGAAAAAAUAGAGGGGAAAGGAUUUGAAAUUUGGAACAUUAAUACACCUCCUAAAAGAAGUUUAGUUUGUUCUAUUUUAAUGUCAUCGUUGUAUUCUAGAAGCAGUUUAUCAAUAGAAAAGAAGUUUUUACGUUUUAUUGAGACAUUGCGGCUGGAAAGCAAAGUUGCAUUUCCAAGAAAUAAAAUAAAUGUGCUAAGGCGACUUAUAAGCAAAUUUAAUCCCUUCAAAAAUCGUUAUGCACUUUAUUGUGAUAAAAACUUUUUGAUUUUAUUAAAACAUUUUGAAACUAUUCUAAAUAAUUUGAUCGCAGAAGAAAUGCAUGGUGCUUCAUCGUUUGAUGAACAAGUGCUACAAGCUGCUGCUGAUUGCCUCAAUUGCUUCAUUGAUGUAUAUGAAACAGAUGCUGAAGAACAGCGUAAUUUUUUUUUCUACCGUCCUAUCGACGCACUCGGUGAUGGGAAGUCAACUUUGAAAAGAUUGAUUAUAUUUAAGAAAACGAGCGAUUCAGAGACUUCGCCCUUUGUGUCGUAUGGAUUUGGUUUGUCAUUGAAAUAUGCAUUAGUAAUGAGGAUCGAUGCUUUUUCUUACAUUGCUAAUGCGGCAAAUUUUCCACCAGAUGUGCUUAAUAGGUUUAAAGCUACUAUCUCCAACGACAGCAACUUUCUUAUUGGCGCUCUCAGCACAUGUCGGGACAUUAUACCGUACCUCUACAAGUUACCAUACGUAGCCAUAAAAUUACCUGAUGGUGGAAUAUAUAUUGAUCCCAAGGCAACUGAUAAGCAUGGAUUAUCGGCAUUUUACUACUGCAUAAGUACGUUUGAUAUUCCCUUGUUACGUGUAUUAUACAAUCAUGCAUCGAACAACUUUGACGUGACAGAAAACAACGUUCGAAAUCCAAAUAGAAGCAUUCUCAUUGCGCUGCAAGAAAUAGGUGAGACAUUAAAAAAGGAUUUGGAAGUGCUAAAAGAGCUUUCUUUACUUGGCGAUGAGAGACAAAUAACUGAAAAAAUUUUUCACCAAUUCAUAUGUUUUAAUUCUUAUCAGUGCACGGUUGUGGAAAGGAUCUUAUUAAUAAGAGAACAAAAUGCAGAUAGAGAUAUUCAACAACAACAAAUAAUUAUUUCGAUAAUCGAAGAAUACUGCAAAUGUUUUUUUCUUGAAGAGGGAACAGAACAAGACCAUUUUGAAAAUUACAUGACAUUUAGUGAAUAUUAUGACAUCUUGGACAUGUUUACUAGCUUUUUACUAUUUGACAAUUUAGUGCUGCUUAAACAUAUAGUGAACGAAAAAAAUGUCAAAAGAUAUACAGAUGUAAUUAGAUCCUUGUUUCUGUUUAUUCUUUCUCAUAAACUAUUUCUCAGAAAAGAAACACGGCGCAUUCACAGUAUCCGUACGUUUGUUGAUAAAGAUGAUCAUUUGCGAUUUAUACCAUUUUGUUACAGAAAUUGCUUCAAAAAAGAUUUAAUGACUCUAUAUGAAGAGCUGAAAUUCUCUCUUAAAGCUCCGUUCUGUCCAACCGAUAGCUCUGAACCAGAAUUGAAAGAAAUCGACAUUGUGAGAGAAAGUAUUGCUGGAUUAACAGAAAUCGAAAAUGAAUAUUUUGCCAGGAAACUCAAAAACUACAUGAACAUUACUAAAAUACUCCCUCAAGUGAACAUAUUUUCCCUUGAACGGAUCCUACAAGUUAUGGGAGAAUUAUUAAGCUGUUCUGAUAUCAAUAAUACAAUUUUCAAGUUUUUCUUGUGUUCAUGUUUGCCAGAAGGAUUGGAAAAAAUUCUGAGUGAUUUGCGCCAUCAUUGUUUCAGUCACUAUCGCUAUAAUACCAUACGAGGAAGGCUUAAUAUAGAAUACAACAGAAAUGAUGCGUUAAAAUGUCUUCAUAAUGAAAUCAGAGAUUUAUCAUUAAUAUUAGAACCAAUUACUGGGAAUCAUUUCUUUGGAGUUAGAGAGUUCAUGAUCGAGAAAGGAAAAAAAGAAUCAAAACAAAAAUUUCAAAAUGUUUUUAAGCUUAUUCAACAAGAGCAGAAAACAAUGAUAGAGCAUAGAAGAAUGAACUUCAAACAAACCCAAAAAGACUACGCAGUAGUUUCUAAAAACUUAUUUCAUAGUAUAUAUAAUGCUCUCAAACAAAAUAAUACUGAGAAUAUGGAAUUAGAAGUUAAGCUAAAUGCAUUAAUAUUUCUGUCAAACUAUAUUUGCACAUCAUUGAAGGAAGGAGAUGAACAUGCAAUAGAACUGAAAAACUGUUGUGAGCAAUUGAAAUUUACAAUGGACUCCUCCAUAGAUUCUAAAUUACCUUUAAUGGAGGUAAAAAAUGCAAUCAAACAUUUAGAGUUGGUAUAUAGGGAUAUCUUCCUUCAUUUUGAUGAAUUGACCAGAUUUGAAGGACGAGUGUUUUCAAGGGCAAUUUAUUUUAUAAAAGUAUACAGACUGCUUUUGAAAGCGUUUUCAAACCAUGCUUUUAAGGCUGAAAUAUCAGAACAACAGAUGGAAACGGAGUUAGAACGAGAAAUGUCAGAUAUUGUUCCUUCCAUUUUUAAAAUGGAUGAAAUGGAAAUAGAAAAACUUGUCAAAUUUUCUGAAAGUUUAAUUUUUAUGGCUGAGGACAAUACGAGCAAACGCAACAAAAAAUUAUCUUUAAUUCGGAUGUUUAAAAAAGUAUUAGAAAAGAAUUUUAAAAGGAAAACCAAUAUAAGUGAAAGCGAUUUAAAAUUCCCUCUCUUAAAUGGCAUUGUUGCAGAAAUAAAAGAUUUCGAUAUAUUCUCCUUCAAAGAAAAAACUCAAAUUGAAAAAAUGAUGACAGUUUAUUUAAACAAUUCCAAAUUACGAAUUGAAAAGUUGGCAAUGGAGUUAGAAAUAAGGAAACCGUCAAUGGAAUUAAAAAGAAAGGAGCAUGUAAUGGAAUCAUAUUGUGAGGAACAAACAAUGGAAUUGGAAAGUAUGAAACCGGCAGAGGAAUCUAAUUUUGAAAAACAGACUACAAAAUUGGAAAACAAGGAACUGACAAUGAUAUCAGAAAGUCAAAUACAAUCAACAGAAUUGGAAAGCAAGGAAUGGGCAAUGAUAUCGGAUAGUGCAAAACAGACAACGGAAUUGAAGAGCAAAAAACUGACAUUAGAUCUCGAAAAUGAGCAGAACUUAAAUUUUACGCCAGAAGGGGUCACUCAGUUCUUGCAAUCUACAACGAUGUCUCAAAAGAUGAUUAAGCAAUGUAUUUCUAAACUAUUUCCCAAACCAAAUAUAGAAUCUGCAAUUGCACUUUUAAACUCAGAAAAUAAACACAAGGUAUCGAUUGACUUAACAAAUAAUGCUACUUUUGCUUUAAAGACGAUGUUAAUAAAUACAUCGAAGGACAGAGAGAAAUAUCGGAGAAUGUUUCUGAAUAUCCAAUGGAACAAGAAUUUACAAUCAAAAAUUUAUUCUUUUAUGAAUCAAAAAUUGUAUUUUUUGAUCAACAGAAUUGAGGAAUUGCAAAAAAUUUUAAUCGAUGAUGAUGAAAAAGUGAAAUAUCUAUGGAUGAAUGGAAAAAGUGCAGCGAUUAAACAGCACACUAAAGUUUUGAUGUGUCAACGAUUUAUCAAAGAAAGAGAAACUCGCUCUGCUUUGGAGAUGCUGCUUUUCGAUUGCUGGAAUGCAGUAGAAGAUUCAGAUCUAAGAGAAAUGUGGGAGAAAGCUACAAAUCUGUUUGCCGGCAUAGAUCUCAGAGAUUUUAUUUCCCACGGCAGUCCCGUUGUAGAACUCGUGAGUUCCUAUUUGGAUCCCAAAGACUUGCCAUUAGAGCUCAUCAACAAAAUCUUGAUGCUCAUUGAGGAUAAGACAGCGAUGAUAGCGCUCUCAGAUUUGUGGAUAUCUACAAAGGCUACCAGAUCUAGAGAACUCGCAGCAAUAAUUGAUAGAGAUGAUGACGAUGAAUACAUUGCUUUGAGGAAAGAUAUAAGAAAUUGCACAAGAUGGAUAAAAUAUUUCAAUCUCUUGCCUUUAGAAUAUGGUGUGAGGAAUUUAAAAUAGCCUUUACCAUUUUAGUUAUCUGUGCCUUUUGUAAUUGGAGAGAAGCUUAGCGAGGAUACAAAUUAGUUUUAUGUUGAUUGAGUAAUGAAUAAGUUCACGAAAUAAAUCGUAAUUCUUUUCUUGUUGUCUUCUUGUUUUUUACGUUAAUGUCGAACUUUCAACCGUCGUAAUUAUCACUGUUUCAUAAAUAAAAUACACAUUAUUAA